UCUACAUUUUGCACAAAAUCAGGGUUGGAGCAGGGGGCUUCUUGGAAAGGAAGAAAAGGAGAAGACGUACCCUCAACAUGUGGCUGUACGUGGCAGCCCUCGUGGGCCUGUACUACCUUGUGCGCUGGUACCGGGAGAGGCAGGUGGUGAGCCACUUCCGGGACAAGUACAUCUUCAUCGCGGGCUGGGACUCAGGCUUUGGGAACCUGGUGGCCAGACAGCUGGACAGGCACGGCUUGAGGGUGCUGGCUGUGUGUCUGAUGGAGAAGGGGGCCGAGCAGCUGAGGACCCAGAUGUCAGACAGGCUGGAGACGGUGAUUCUGGAUGUCACCAAGACGGAGAGCAUCACUGCAGCCACCCAGUGGGUGAAGGAACGUGUGGGAGACAGAAGACUUUGGGGCCUGGUCAACAAUGCAGGCAUUAUUGCCCCAGUUACAUACUGUGAGUGGCAGAAAACGGAAGACUCUGUGAAUACCCUCAAAGUGAACCUCAUUGGGUUGAUCCAGAUGACCGUGAGCAUGCUUCCCUUGGUGAGGAGGGCUUGGGGGAGGAUUGUCAAUGUCUCCACCAUUCUGGGAAAAAUUGCCUCCACUGCUGGAAUCUAUUGUUGCUCCAAGUAUGGGGUAGAAGCCUUUUCGGAUAUUCUGAGGUAUGAGCUUCGACAUUUUGGCGUGAAAAUCAGCAUAAUUGAACCUGGUUACUUCAAAACGGGAAUGACAGACAUGGAGAAGUCCUUAGGGAAAGUGAAGCAAGCCUGGGAAGAAGACUGUGUGCAUAUUAAGGAGUCCUAUGGACAGCAGUUUUUUGAUGCCUGAACAAAGGGCCUGCUGUCCGGAGCCA